AUGGGUUUCCUUUUUGGCUGGCAGCGGCGGGGGGCCUCCAAUGCAUCGGCUACUCCUGCGGUGUCUGCGCAGACACCACAGAGCCCUCAAGUUUUGUUUACUUCUGCCAGCACUCAAAAGUCACGAUUUCAUAGGAAGACGGCGCCACUUUCCAAUUUGCACUCCCUGCCGCGUUCCGAGCUGUGUUGUAAGACCGACGGGUGCCAUGUAGGGAAGAAAGGAAAGGAAGGACCUCUGCUUGGCUCUUCUCCCCCCGUUUCAGCCUACGCCCCAUCUUCGACAGGGUCCAACUCCCCGCAGACGCUUCCGAAGUGGGGCCUCUUUGGGAUUCCCUCAAAAACCGAGAGGCUGCCAGCCCCCGUCACAGAGCAGCCGUGCACCGUCGCUACACCCGAGUGCUCUACAGAGGCCUCACUAGGAGACGAAAGCAAAGUUCCCAGCCGUAAAGGCGGCUCAUCUGCAUGCGCAGAGUGGGCUCAGGCACGGCAGCCCGAUGAGAGGGGGACAGUGCAAACCCUGGAGCCUUCCACGGCAGCACUUGUGUUUUACUGUCCAGCCUCCCCUGCCUCUGCCGCGGGGGCAUCAGCAACGCCGAGGGGGUCAUUAAGCGCUUUGUCAGUGUCGUGCGCCAACAGCGGGAGUAGCGGCACGGGCAGGCUUCACUCAGGAGCAGCAGUGGCAGAAGAAGGCGGUGUUUGGAGGGCGCUUGUUCAAGUCGAAGGCUGCCUCGAGAAGGCAGAAGCCUCUGUGGCUUUGCUGGGGUUCGUGGCAGCUAAGGCUGCAGUAGAGCUCGCCGCUGAGCGGCUGCUGCUACAGGCAGCAGAACGAAGUAGAGCGAAAGGAGGACUCGAGGCUCAAAAGCAACAGAACGAUCAACGCGCCAGGGAGAUGUUAAUGCGUCUCUGCGAGCUGCUGCCCCUCCAAAGUCUCCCCGCCGCGCCAGCGCUGAGGAAGAGCUGUCUGCGGUUGCUGCAGUGGCGCGUGCUGGGAGCCCUUCUGUCUCUCUUAGACCUUGUGAGCAUUUCGUUCCCGCAUUCACACACGCAGCAAGAUAGCAGCAGCAAGCUUCCAAGCGGCGACCAGGCGCUCCUCGUUGCACUGCUGCAGCAUCACGUGUCAACUGUGAAACGCGCUGCCGAGCCAGAGUCUCUCUUUUGCUACUUCCAGCUCCUGCAGGCCCCCCCUGCUGCCCGCCAGCUACCCCGGACUUGCUGCUGGGAAGCUGGCGAUGCGCAUCGCAGGAUUCAUGGAAGUCACGUUGAUCUCUGUACUCCCUUCGGAUGUGACAGUCCCCCGUCUGCAGCGCUGGAGCUGCUUGGAAUGGGCAGCCCAGUGGAGUGUCUGAGCCGCAGCAGCCUUUGCAUCGGCGACAGGACUGAGUAUAUUGACUGCGGUGCCCUUGGGUGCCCCCAACGAAGAUGA